AUGGAUGAUCUAGGUGAACAAAAUACAAUCUUGCAGAUGAAGCCACGGUCGACGAUAGAAGAAGAAGUACCAACCGAUAAAGUCGCAGCUCAAGCUCAACGGAAAAUCGAAAGGCUCCUACAAGAUAACCAAAAAGAAAGGACUAACGGAGCAGUGCCACCACAUAACGGUGGAGGCAGCAACUGGAACGGAGAGCCGCCGCCGCAUAACGGUGGAGGCAGCAACUGGAACGGAGCAGAAUCACUGCACAACGGCGGAGUCAGCAGCUGGAACGGAGCAGUACCACCGCAUGACGGCGGAGUCAGCAGCUGGAGCAGAGCAGUACCACUGCAUGACGGCGGAGGCAGCAACUGGAACGGAGCGCCGCCACCGCAUAACGGUGGAGGCAGCAACUGGAGCGGAGCGCCGCCACCUCAUAACGGCGGAAUCAGCAGCUGGAACGGAGCAGAAUCACUGCACAACGGCGGAAUCAGCAGUUGGAGCAGAGCAGCAACACCUUACAACGGCGGAGUCAGCAGCUGGAACGGAGCAGAAUUACCACACAACGGCGGAAUCAGCAUAUGGAACGGGGCGGCACCACCAGUAGGGUAUCACAGCCCUAAUUUUUCCAUCCAAAGACCUAAUUUUCUUCGUUUUUUAGUCCAACCAAACCCAAAUACCCAAUUCCAGCGUCCUCAGCCUCCUAAGGGUUCCUCUAAUCUCAGUGAAAUUGUUCAGAAAGUUGAUAAGGCUGCAAAGAAGGCGCGGCGAGACCUUAUAGAUGCAGGUGAAAAUGUAUCUACUUGGAAAGUAUCUCAAGCUGCAUUGGCUAUAGUUAAAGCUGAUUCUUGGGAGUCUUUAGGCGUUCAAAUGCAGCGAGUCCCCUCUCUGAAUAGCCUCAUACUUAUCCAAGGGAAGAUUGCUGCUUUCAUCCACUGCUUUGUCGCUGUUCUAAAAGUUACCACAUUGUAUGAUUUGGAAGUUGCCAUAUGCAAGAAUGAGGGGGUUGGGAAGUUUGAAGAGCUGGAAUUGGGUCCUCUGCUGAAACACCCGCUUAUCGUUCAUUAUUUUUCUGUAAAUCCUGGUGUAUCAGAAGUUUUCAAAAUAACGAGUGAGGAGAUAAUGUCCUUCGUUUCUGAGUUUAUGGAUCGUAAUGGAGGUACAGCUGUGAAGAUAGAUGAACUUUUGAACUUCAUUGCUGAGAAGAAGUCUGCUGGAUCCAGAGAGAAUCUUGGUGUGCGUAUUCAGAGCUUGGGGAUGCAUAUUACAUUCAUCCAGCAAGCAAGGCAGUUUGAAACUAGUGCCAUGAACAAAUAUAUGCAUACGGAGAAAAAAGAGUCCAGUAAAAUUAUUAGGAAACAUCCUAUUCUAUCUGCACAAAAGAAGCAGUUAGAUAAGAAUUUCAUUUCCGCAUCAUCAAAUUCAGAAGAUGCAAGUAGUGAUGAUGAUCAGGAUGAAACUGAAAACAUUAAAAGUUCAGAGGAACCACACAUUUGUAUGCCGUUUGGUUUGAAAGCUGAAGUUGAGGAGUUGGAUCAGAAUUUCAUUUCCAUCUCUGAACGCAUCACAUCAUUUUCUUCAGCUAAUGGGAAAUUUUGUGGUAAACACAUAAGAUUUAUAUCAUCAGAUUCAGAAGAUGCGAGCAGUGAUGGUGAUCAGGAUAAAACUGGAAACAUCAAGAGUUCAGAACGACCAAGCACAUGUCCUUACCCAUCAGCAUCUGAAGAAAUGGCGCGACUAGGUUUGGAAACUGAAGUCAACAGUAGCUUACAUACUGCUAGUGGCAGUGAUGGAUAUAGAAAUGAUAUUAGGCAAACUGGAAACAUCAAAAGUUCAGAGCGACCAAGCAUAUGUCCUUACCCACCAGCAUCUGAAGAAAAGAUGCAACUAGGUUUGGAAACUGAAAUCAGCGGUAGCUUACGUACUGCUAGUGGCAGUGAUGGAUGUAGAAAGGAUAUUGGGCUAUCCGAGAUUGAUAGUAACUUUCUCGUUCUUGCGGGUAAGAUCAAGCGUAAUAUCAAGCCAUCCAAGAGAAAACGAAAAUUUGAUGAUGUUCAGAGUCCCGUGGUUUCAAACAAAGUAGUCAAAAGAAAAGUGGUUCGGACAAAGCCUUUUACUCGUAGGAUGGGAACAAAAAUUUCUCCAUUGAGGAAUCAAGCUUCAAAUGGUUCAUGUAAUUUUUCACAAGGUGAUGAUUCAAUUAAGAUGUUUGUUAACACUUGGAAAGAGGCAUGUCGGACAAACAAUGUAUACGAGUUUAGGUUUUUGAAAGGAUGCUUGAGUUCUAUAAGAAGAAGAAGAAGAAAGCUAAAGUGACGGCAUUGUUUUCAUCAUUUACAUUUUGUGGGUUGCUUGAAGUUGCUGUUACUUCUAUUAAACAUGGGAUGUGGGAUAGUUUUUACGGUAAGCCCCAAACAGUUAACCAAUGUGAGUUAACCAGCACAGGCGCUGAAAAUUGUACCAGUCACACUGAGAGGCGCUUGGUGUGUGAAAGUG